GAACCUGCGGCAUGAUGGGAUCGAUCCGCCCGGCCAAGAUGGCGGACAUUUUGUUGUGUGAAAGCGCAAUUUUGUGAUUUCGGUCCUGACAUUGCUUAGAGCAGGAUUCUAAAGAAGCGAAGAUGGCUUCCAGCGGUCCUGACAACUCCCAGUGGUUGUCGGUUACCGAGGAGACCCUGUUCCUGCACGACGGGCUGAUCAGGGUCACUGACCUGGUGGAGCUCCCGCAGGAUGUCCAGGCCGGCAACGCCACCGCCACGCCCGACAACGGCCACGAGGUCGUGACCUUUGACUCCAAGAGCCCGGCGGAGCUGUGUGAGAAGCUGCUGGCGGUCUGCGGGAACCAGAACAACGAGUACUCCCUGCUGCUGGAGUACCGGCUGAACGCGCUGCGAGGCCUGUGGUUGGCUCAGAGGCAGCUGAGCGGGGACGGGCCGACCGAGCAGGACGGGCUCAACCACGAGGAAACGCUCGCACUGCUGAAGAAACAGGGAAUAUGGCAGCCUGGAGAACAGGUAUCAUUUUCGUCCCGUGUGAGCCUGCUGCUGAUCUUCCCCCUGCUGAAGUCCCAGAGCCGAGCGGACCCGAGUCUGUGCUGCAUGACUGCAGAGCUCCUGCUACAGUGUCUGCGUGACUGCGCGCCUCUCAGCCUGACCAAGGAGCCGUCCGACUGUCUGAACGGGCUGGAGAACCUGCUGUGCUCCUGGCUGGAGGAGCGGGAGGGGGGCGCCACGGGGGAGGGGGGCGCCUCAAGGUCGUUACAGGACGUACAGCAGAGGGAGAACGCUGCCGCCGCGCUGGUGGCAUUGGCUUGUGCACUGUGA